AUGGAACUAAGAUCAGUAAGCUUCAUCUACAUAUGCAUGUUCUUAAACUGGUUGUCAGAAUUACAUGACUUCUACUCUUUGAAACUCCAUGCAACACUAGACUUCAUUUACAAAAACUCCGCGGCCGAAAAAAGAAGCCUCCCAGAAGAAGAUAGUGAUUCUGGCCAUGAACCUGUGUUGCUUCCCGGUGAUGUGGAGUUCGUAUUCGAAAAACUAGGCUUUAUUUGCAGCUCUGGCGAAAAGUUUGAUGAAAUGGAGAAUUUGUUUGAUGAAAAUGAACCGAGUAUUGAUGAAGUGAAACAGGCGUUUUGUGUUUUUGAUGAGAAUUGUGAUGGUUAUAUUGAUGAAUAUGAGCUUAAGAAAGUUCUUGAGAGAUUGGGCUUUCAAGGAUUGUGCACAACAGAAUGCCAGAGGAUGAUUGCGGCUUAUGAUUUUAAUGGAGAUCACAAAAUUGAUUUUGCUGACUUCUUUAGAAUUGUACAAGACAGUUUUUGUUGA